AUGCAUGGGAGGGUUCGAUUGGGUGGAAGAGGUUGGUAUUAUCCCGAUGGAUGUAGAGAAUCAAAUCCCACCGAGUGAAUAGAAAUAAGUCGUUCACCUAGCUGACUGAGCCAACUCCUUCCGAUCGGGUGCUGGCCUGCAAAAAGUAGCUCAUUCAGUAGUGGGUGAGGGAAUAAACGACACAGAAGCAUCUACCUACCAUCCCAAUCUAUAUCCGGGUGGGGAGGCUCCUACAACUAUAUCCUCCCACCCUAGUUCCCGGAGGGGCUAAAAACCUGGUAGGUAUAAGAAUGGGUGCCUACCAGCCAUCACGUAGUGUAAAACCCAUGUACGCUACUAGGUCCACUGUUGCUGGAACCGGGCUAUUACUGAUGGUACUGGUUCAACCGGUGCUUAUUCUACGACUGGUUUUUCCACUGAUGGCACCACAGG